UCUGUCCAGGCUGAAAGACACCAGGAGACAGGGACCGGACAGGACUGCGUGGGGUGAGCCCGUAACUGUCGGAGGAGAGCAUGUCAGAAAGCAUGAGGGAAUGAGGGAGAGAUGGACAAACUACUGAUGCAGGUGCUGAUCAUAUGUGUGUUAUUUAGUGGACGAGAUUCUGCAGCAGAGUUAACAUGUGAAACUCUCCUCCUGCUAUCCACCAACCUCACAGUGAGGACACUGGCACUGCUGAACCAGACUUUCACCAUCAGCAACAUCUCAGGUCUCUACUGUGAGUUGUCAGUGGACGGGAUAGGAACAUGUUGGCCUCGCAGUGCAGCAGGAGAACUCAUCUCCAGACCCUGUCCUGAACAGUUCAAUGGCAUCCACUACAACACCACCGAUAAGGUGUUCAGGGAAUGUCAGUCCAAUGGAAGCUGGGCUCCUCGAGGAAACUACAGCCAGUGCACCGAAAUCAUCAUCCUGAGGAAGAGUAAAGUUCAUUAUCAGGCUGCUGUCAUCAUCAACUACCUAGGUCAUGUGAUCUCUCUGGGAGCUCUGCUGCUGGCCUUCACACUCUUCAUGAGACUGAGGAGCAUUCGCUGCCUGAGGAAUAUCAUCCACUGGAAUCUGAUCUCAGCAUUCAUUCUGAGGAACGCCACUUGGUUCAUCAUCCAGCUGACUAUGAACCCUACUGUUACCGAGAACAACCAGGUUUGGUGCAGGUUGGUUACAGCAGGUUAUAAUUAUUUCCAUGUGACAAACUUCUUCUGGAUGUUUGGCGAAGGUUGUUAUCUCCACACCGCUGUCGUCCUUACAUACUCAACUGACAAACUCAGGAAGUGGAUGUUUAUCUGCAUUGGCUGGGGUAUUCCAUUCCCCAUCAUUGUGUUCUGGGCAUUUGGGAAGCUUUACCAUGACAAUGAAAAGUGCUGGUUUGGGAAGAGAGCAGGGGUCUAUACAGACUACAUCUACCAAGGGCCAAUGAUCCUGGUCCUACUGAUAAACUUUGUCUUCCUGUUCAACAUCGUUCGCAUCCUGAUGACCAAACUGAGGGCAUCAACCACAUCUGAGACCAUCCAGUACCGGAAGGCAGUGAAGGCAACUCUGGUGCUCCUUCCUCUCUUAGGAAUUACCUACAUGUUGUUCUUUGUGAAUCCUGGAGGAGAGGACGAAGUUGCUCAGAUAGUCUUCAUCUACUUCAACUCCAUCCUAGAGUCCUUCCAGGGUUUCUUUGUCUCUGUAUUCUACUGUUUCCUCAACAGUGAGGUGCGCUCUGCGGCCAGGAAGCGUUGGAUUCGCUGGCAGGACCGACACUCCUUUCGGAGCCGGGCAGUGCGUGCCACAUCAAUCCCCACCUCCCCCAGCAGAGUCUCCUUCCACAGCAUCAAACAGUCUUCCAACCUUUGACCUCUUAAUGGCCAGGAAUGGUCUAAUCACAGUCAGUAAUGUCACUGCAGUCAGCCAAUCAGAGGCUUUAUUAGACCCACCGAUAGUUAAACCAGGACACAGACUGGUGGAGUGAUAGACCCUGAAAUCCAGGAUUCUGUGUGGUCCCGCCCCUUCUCAAUGCACUGACGAAUCACUGGGGUCAGCCAAUCAGCUUCCUCCACCCUGGGACUAUGUUCAUAAAUCUGUUUAUUUAUUUAUUGAUGGAUCAUUGUUCAUGUGUUGAUCACCAACUUGAACAGUAACAUGGAUCAAGUACCUUUGAUUGAUUGAUUGAUUGAUUGAUUGAUUGAUUGAUUGAUUGAUUGAUUGGUUAUUCAGGUAUCAUUCAAGGAGCAGUCUGAAACUUCAGAGUGUUUCUGAUCUCAGGUUCUACCUCUGCCUAUUUUACUGAUCAGAGUCAGACUCAGACUGCAGAUCAGAUCUGGUGUGGAGGAGGUUAGGGAUAAACCCCUGACCUUACAGACUCCACAGAGGUCAGAGUUUAACCCCUUGACCCUACAGACUCCACAGAGGUCAGGGUUUAAUCUCUGACCCUACAGACCCCACAGAGGUCAGAGUUUAAUCUCUGACCCUACAGACUCCACAGAGGUCAGAGUUUAAUCUCUGACCCUACAGACUCCACAGAGGUCAGAGUUUAACCCCUUGACCCUACAGACUCCACAGAGGUCAGAGUUUAAUCUCUGACCCUACAGACUCCACAGAGGUCAGAGUUUAACCCCUUGACCCGACAGACCCCACAGAGGUCAGAGUUUAACCUCUGACCCUACGGACUCCACAGAGGUCAGAGUUUAAUCUCUGACCCUACAGACUCCACAGAGGUCAGAGUUUAACCCCUUGACCCUACAGACUCCACAGAGGUCAGAGUUUAACCCCUUGACCCUACAGACCCCACAGAGGUCAGAGUUUAACCCCUUGACCCUACAGACUCCACAGAGGUCAGAGUUUAACCUCUGACCCUACAGACUCCACAGAGGAGUUAGAGUUAUCAUGAUAUGGUCAGGCCUAUUUUAUCUAUUUCUAAAAAUAUUUUUUAAUCCGAUGUUAGUGGCAUUUUCAUCAGGAGAAACUUGGUAACUAUGUGACUGAUAACAUGCUUUACUUACGUAUUUAUUUAUUUAUUUAUUUAUUUAUUGGUAUUUGUGAAGUGAGUCAUGUGACAUCCAGAUCUGACCUGAUCUGAUUACAGCGCGGUUUACUCCUGUAACAGCAUGAUCAGAAUCUUUGAUCAGAUUUUACCAUGCUGUCAUCCUCCAUCUUCUCUGAUAUAAAAUCAAUAAAUAGAUGAAAGUGAUUCCAAGCUGUUUUGUUAUUGAUGAAGCUCCAAUAAUCGAUCAUUUAAGCUGUGUAUUGAUCUCAGCCAGACUGUAAACCUGAUCAUCCAGCUGUUCUUCAUCCAGUCUAGAGUCAUGAGGUUGAUCCCAGCUGUCCCUGAGCAAGAGGCGGGGUUACACCCUAGACUGGUCACAGCCAAUCACAGAGAAGAUCAGCCAAAUAUUCUCACACCUACAGGCAAUUUAGAGUUAAGGGAAACCCUAACAGGAAUAUCUUAAGAUGGGGGACCUGGAGAGAACCCAGAAUAUGAUUAUUCCACACAAGAACCAGACCAGGAUUAGAACCAGGAUUUAGACCAGGGUUAGGGAUGGGAAUGGAUGCGCUUUUAUUGUUAUCAAUGUUGCUUUUUUGCUCUGAAUCCUGAGCCAGAGUUCUGCCACCUCCAGUGAGAGUCACACCUCUGUUCCUGGCCUUGAUAAACACUUCAGAGAACUACAGACGUCAAACAUCAAACUCUCGGGAGGAGAACAUGCUAAAAUAUAUUAAAAUGUAUUUUUAGUUGUUGAAAAUUCUCAGUAAAAACAAGCUGCUCUCUGUAUCUUCAAUCUCUGAACAACGCUACUGCUCAUUUUCUAUACCAGAUAAAACCGUCAAAUAAAUCUAAACUAGUCUCUGGAUAAUGAUCGCUGGUCGUAUAAAGAUAAAUCAGACUCGUCCUAAAUUAACAGUUCUUGCACACUUAAGCCUGUUUUUGUGUUUACCAUCUUUACAAGCUCGACUUCUCUGUUCUCUUCUUCGCUGACAGCCUCAGACCAGGAGCAUGGAAGUAAGGGAACUGUUGAGAUUACAUGUAAAUGGAACCGGUUCUCAAUUCCCAUCCCUAACCAGGAUAAGAACCAAGACUAAGACCAGGAAAAGAACCUGUGGGAGGAAGAUGGAGAACCAGGAGAGAACCCACAAGGAGAUCACACAGAA